AUGCGCCGGCACGAAGACGGCACUGUCUGGAUCGAAGAUUGUUCGCGAUACGGCACAUGGAUGUUUACGCCAUCGGAGGGGGAUUCUAAGCUCACAAAGGACCUACGGUUUACUCAGCUGACAGAUCAACCCGCGCGACUCUUCGACGGCUCUCGAGUGUGGCUGGGAAGCCCAGACGAGCCCUCUUCAAGUGGGUUCGAAUACAUCGACCUUUAUAUUCGCAAUCCAUUUCUUCGCAAAUAUGGCUACGAUAGGCGGGUUGCCUCUGGCGCGUUUGGUCACGUAUCGAGAAUAUUUUCUAGAGAGGACCCAAGUCAACUGUACGCCGUCAAGGUUUUGGAUUACAACCGCGUCGACGGAGCGAGCAGCCGAAGCGAUUGCCUCCAGGAGGUCAAAUUGCUCAAGCUGGGCGGUACUCAUCCCGGCGUCUGUUCGCUACUGGAGUCCUUUCACGAUGAGAUGAACGAGAAGUUCUAUUUGGUUCUGGAGUACAUGCCAUCCGGUAGCCUGCAGUCAUAUUAUAUGGGUCGUCAUGCUGCCUCAUGGUCAGAAGUCCGCACGAUCAUGAAGCAGCUUACAGACGCCAUUGCCCAUCUUCAUCAUCGUCACAUCAUCCACCGCGAUAUCAAGCCAGACAACAUACUCAUCAAAUCCCUGCAGCCGCUUGAAGUUGUAGUCGUGGAUCUGGGGCUGGCACAACAUUCGGUUGCUUCCCGAAUGCAUAGUAUCGCUGGUACACCCCAGUAUAUGGCGCCCGAGGUCUUCGUCAAAGGAGGAGACUUCGCCGCUGGGUAUACGAAUAAGGUUGAUUGCUGGGGCCUGGCUAUGACUGGGUUUCACAUAGCGGUCACGCAUAGCCUUAUUGGAUUGCAGGAAAGGUUAUGGGUCCCUGGUAUCCAUGACCGGAAGCUUCCCCGCCCGGAUUGGGAGAAAUUCUUCGCGAAAAGUCCCAGCAGGAGCGCCCUGGAAUUUUUUAGGAAUAUGAUCUGCAACGACCCCACGCAGCGCUGGCCUAGCAAAGUCGCUAAUAAGUGCCAAUGGCUAUCGAGAGUGCAGGCUCAACCACCGAGCGACAAGUUUGAGCUUCAGGCUACAGCCCCUCUUCCUCGUUCUGUCAUCCCCGCUCCCGUCGAUCAGAACAAGACACUUCUCGAGGCACUGGAGCAACUACGCGUCCUGCCAUCACUGGAAGACAAGGCUUAUGAAUACGCGCCACCGCCGCCGGAUGCUCCAGUCCGACGUCGCCCGCGACGGUCGCCUCGUCUCAUAGCCGGGACCCCGGUGGCCCCGGAGGAGGCGCAGGCCUUGCCCAAGCGCAAGAAACGAGUUGCGGGUCAGGCCGGUCAGGCAGCACCUUCGAGUCUUCCGGAUCAGGUGGCGAACGGUGGACGGAAGAAAGGAGCGAAGAGGUCAUAG